GAAAUGAACUCCAAACUUACAUGGACCUGGUAACUCCAUUGAAUCCCCUCGAACUCGAAGCUCCUAUUUUAAACCACCCAGCAGCCUUCAAACCAAAGCCGAACAAAGCCCCAACAGAUACUAAAAGCGGAGGACCCUAAAUACCGAUUUUAGCCUAUAAAUGUUAAAAGGUACUGCUUCACAUUUCAGGCUCAAAGAAAAAGCAGAGAUAUCUCUGAUUUGAGUUUGACACAGAGAUGGCCAAAAGAUUGAGCUCGCAGCUCUUCGUCAACAGAUUAUCAUCGUUCACUAAUAAUGAACAGCUCAAGAGACUGUUUUCCCCCUUUGGAGAUGUUACAGAAGCUAGAAUGGUUGUGGACCGUAUAACUCAAAGACCCAAAGGAUUCGGUUUUGUCACUUACAAGUCAGAUGUUGGGGCACAAAAAGCUUUGAAGGCCAUGAAUGGCAGGAUGGUUGAUGGGAGGCUGAUUUUUGUUGAAGUUGCCCAGAAUCAAAAACAGGAAGAUUAUACCAAAUCUUGAUAAUGAGCUAGUUUUUUUCUCUAUGUUGUUCAAGAUGGGUUGAUGCCACAUCACAUGCUUUGUAACUUUCAAUGUUAACUUUCACGUAAUUGAAUCAAAUGAAAUUAAAUGGUUUGAGAUUGAACACAAA